CCACGGGCUUCCGGUUUCCUCGAAGACGCCACCGCUUCCCCCGUCAAGGUGGCCGUCACAGGUGCACCGAGGGAGUCCCAUGUCUUCCGCCGCGGCUCCCGCAGUCAGGGGCCCUGGAGGUCACAGAGGAACCGAGCAGGGGCGGCCCGGGGCCGCCGGAACAGGCCCGUUACCCAGCAGCACGCGCGUCAACUCCGGGGUCGCCGGCGCCCGCUGCCCCGCUCAGGGGCGGCGAGGCCUAGAGGGUUCUAGAAGGGUCUACGAACGCCCCGCCGCCCACAAAGGUGUCGCCGCUGCGCACAGGCUGGGUGCCAGCGCAGCGCGACGAAACCGGAAGCCGGACCUGAAGACUAUAUAGGGUGCCGCUAAGUGGCGCUCUAGCGGGGCGGGGCGUACUACAGGUCCCAUGAGCCUCUGCGGUAGGGCAGAGGCGCACUACGAGUCCCGUGAGCCUCCGCGGCGGGGCGUACGUACUACCAGUCCCAGUGGUCCCCGCGGCGGGUGAGGUGUCGCGCCCAGCCGCGGGGAGGCGGAGUGGAGCUGAGACAGCGUCGCAGGCUGGCUGCUGUUGGGCUGAGGCGCGCGUUCAGGGCGCCCUCUAGCGCGUCCUUUCCACUCAGCGGCAACUGGGAUUCCGUGAGAUUUGAUUCACUUCUGAGAAACAAGACAAAAAAACAAAACAAAACCAAAAUAAAAUAAAUAACAAUCUAAGUGAUCAGCAUCAGCCUGAUGGGCCCGGCCCCGGAGAGCAGCGAGUUCGUGCACAGAACAUGGGUACAAUGUGAGAAUGAGAGCUGCCUGAAAUGGAGGCUGCUGUCCCCUGCAGCUGCAGCCGCAGUGAACCCCAGCGAGCCCUGGUACUGCUUCAUGAACACUGACCCCAGCUACAGCAGCUGCUCCGUCUCCGAGGAGGAUUUCCCUGAAGAAUCUCAGUUCCUUGAAAACGGGUAUAAGUUUGUCUAUUCACAGCUACCUCUCGGAAGCCUGGUUUUGGUAAAAUUACGGAAUUGGCCAAGUUGGCCAGGAAUACUUUGUCCUGAUCCUUUCAAAGGGAAAUAUGUAACCUAUGACCAGGAUGGAAAUGUUGAAAAGUAUUACGUAGAAUUUCUGGGUGACCCCCACUCGACAGCGUGGAUGAGUGCAGCGUUUGUUGGACAUUUUAGUCUCACGUUAGAGGCAGCAGACUGUACGAAGAAGAAGAGGUGGUAUAGAAGUGCCCUCGAGGAAGCAUACCAACUCUACAGGUGUUCCGCAGAGCAAAGACUAGAAGUGUGCUGCCUGUCAAAGCCGAACAGAGCCAAAACAGAUACCAAAGCUGCUGUGGUGACCAAGAAAGGGAUGCAAGUUUCCAAAAUUAAUACUGAAAAGAAAAGGCCCAGAGUUAGAAAGAGGAAAAGGGAUGCUGCUUUAAAGUGCUCUGUUGAAAUUUUUUGUUCUGAUGAAGCCCUAUCAAAGGAAAACAUGGUUGUCUCUGAGACUGAAGGUUUGCUGAAAGAACUGGAGAAAAUGCUGCAACAAAUCCAAGAACCCACAGCAAGAGAGGAUGAGUCACAGGGAGAGCAGUUGUCUCAGUGCAGCCCGGAAUCUCCUACAGGCAGCCCAUUUCAGAGCUACCAUGAAGAGGACUAUAUUGUGCCUGAUGGUGCAGGACUAAAAGCUGGAGAAUAUAUUGAGAUUAUAACUAACAAUUUAAAAAAGAUAGAUGCCCUAAUAUCUGAAUUUUAGGGUGUUAUUCAAGUGUUUACAAAAGUUAAGUAUUAAAACACUCUCAGUCUUUUUAUUUUUCUGUCAAAAAUUUAAAAAUGUUUAGGGAGAUAGGUAUAAAAAUUGGUAUUGCUAUAAAUUUAUACUUUAUGAAUGUCCAUGGCUUUGAGAGUCUAUCAAGUGGCAUAUAAGUUUGAGUAUUAGAAUUUUAGGAUUUAUGAAAAAUCCUGAUGUUUGAUUUGUAAACUUUUUUGUUUGUUUUGAUUUUAUAAUUGUUUAUGAAAUUUAAUCAUAAACAGGUGCUGUUCAUGAGUAUUUAGGCCCUUCUUCAAAUAGAACUAUUAAAAUGGCUACCUGUUCUGUUAACAAGUCUCAGUGAGAACUCAAAUGUAACACAUGCAGAAAGUGUUUUUGUAGUUGGCUGUAACUACUUUAAUUAUAAGGAAAUAUUAAAGAAAUAGUCAAGCAAUAAAGUUUGAGAAUUCUCCAAAGACAAAA